CCGGUGUGGCACGCUGCUCAGUUCCUGAGCUGCUUAUAUCUGCAGGGCGGACGUAACUUUACGCAGGGAAACAGGAGGUGAGGCUACACCUGAGGGAUAUUUGUCCUCGCCGAAUCUGUAAGCAGUUUGUCUUUUCCUCCCAACUCCACUUGUUGAUGGGGCACCGAGUGGUUAUCGGCGCAUUCGGUAAACGGAGUUACUCUUAUGCGUAAUUUGGACAAAACCCUGUCUGAGGGCAGGGCGAAGGAAGUUUUUUUAGCCUUUUUGUGGCAGAUGGUUGGGAUGUUUGGCGACCGGUAACAGCCUUCGGCAUCAGAUCACAUUACACAAGCUGCUACCAGGUGAGCAGCGGCAUGGGGAACCAGAUGGACAGGCUGUCGCAUUUAAGUUACGCAGAAGUUCCCACAGUGGACCCCAACGGCGUGGACGCCGAGGACGGUCCGCGGAUCGGCGUCUCUUACAUAUUUUCCAACGACGACGACGAGCUGGAGGACGGCUGCGCGGUAGACGGCUCCGAUAAAGACCCGAAUCAGGAAGAGAAACAGUACGACCAGCGCGACGAGGUGGAAUGCGCCGUCUACAACAGAGACGAAUGCAUUUACGAGAAGAGCGCAAAGUCUGUGAACCUGGAAGUUUACUCCCCAGAGAAUCUGCUAAACAAAUGCAAACCAGGUGAUCUGGUGGAGUUUGUGGCUACGGGUCAGUACCCGCACUGGGCGGUGUAUGUGGGAGACUUCCAGGUGGUGCACCUGCACAGAGCCGAGGUAAAGAACCGCUUUCUGACCGAUGCGAGUCAAGGGAGGAGGUGUCGGAUUGUUAACGAGCUGUACAAAUUCAAAGCUCUGGGUCAGGACAUGGUGGUGCAGAACGCGAUGGAGCAGGUGGGAUUAAAGGACCGGGAGCUGAGCUGGAGAAACUCUGAGUGUUUUGCAGCCUGGUGCAGGUUCGGCAAGAGGGAGUUCAAAAUGGGUGGGGAGAUACGCAUAGGCAAGCAGCCCUACAGGUUGAAAAUAUUCAUGACGGGCAAACAGCCGCACGUGCUGGAGUUUCAGAGUUUGGAGGACAUGAUCAUGGAGAAGAGGAGGAACGAUCACCUGGGCAGGACAGCCGUGCUUCGGGAGCUGGCCGCUCAUUACAGCAGGAUGGAGGAGAUCAAAAGCGAGCCGGGAGCUGAAUGAUGUCCGCUUUUUCGUGCUCUUCAAAAUAGGCUAAUUGCGUUGCAACUUAAGUGUAGAGUAGCCUUUACCGAACACAAUCUGUUACACUGUCCUCCUCCAGCCUGUAGCAAACAUCCAUAUCUUUGUUUUCUGUUAAGCACAGAUGUCAUAAUUCCUACCUGAAUAUUGUCAGUCCAGCUGUGGAUUUUUGGUCCAUCAUGUUUUUAUUAGUUACAUCGACGCUACUGCCUUAACGCCACAAUCUUCAACAUCCUCUGUUGCCAUAUGGCCUUAGCAAACAUGAAUUCAGCUAUCUAAGAUAAAUUGAAUAGCCUGAUUUUCAUCCCCUCCCAAAAGCCUCUCCAAUCACAGAAUGUAUAGUUUUAUAAAAAGCUUUACACAUCUGACUUAAACUGUCAUGACUCUGUAAGUAGAGCAGAUUUUUUUUUCUCUAUUUAUAGCGUGUCUUGUUACUCGAUCCUUGUGUGGUUCAACUUCAUCUCAUUUCACCCAGACAGCAGUGUCAGAGCUGCUCGCUGAAUACAAGCAGUGUUCAUUUUGCCCUUAAGGGUAAUCCUCACUCCAGCACAUCUGAAGAAAAUGUUGUGGAGCUUGUCUUUGUUAUCUGUACCUGAAGUUUAAGUAAACCAUGAAUCUUUGUCUC